UCCCCGGGGUGGCGGGCCCGGCCCGACCGCGAGCUGCCACGGCCCCGGGGGGACGCCCGCGGGGGGCUCGGGAGCGGGUCCCCCCGCGGUGACACGGGGGCCGAGACCGUGCGGGGCUCGUGUCCAGGUGCACCGUCUUCCGGCCCCGGGCUCGGUGGCCCAGCGUCACCCUCCCCUGAGGCUCGGGACCCAGGCGGGCGGGCGCUCCGGAUUUCGGAAGAGAAAGAGGUCGUGUCUGGAAAGGAAGGCCGUUGCGUCCGUUCCAUUUUGCCGCUGCGGCGUUUGGGAAGAGAGGAGGAGAGGCUAGGUGUAAGCUUAGCGGCGUUGUCAGUGCUCUUACUGCAGUUGCUGAAGUUCACGGGCAUGGGAACCGGGCUGCAGCGCCCGCGAGUUUCCGCUGGAGAGGUGUCGCUGGAGAACAGUCCAGUCCUUUGUUCCUGGACGAGGCCACGUUUGUUUCUGCCUCAGGGCCUUUGCUGCUCCCUAUUCUGAGAAGCCACCCCUUGCUCAUUCUGGGCUUCAGCUUCCCGAGAGAGGCCUCCUUCCUCAGACCCUUCUGAAAGUUGCUUUCCCUGCCUUAGACCAGUCAUUCUCUACCACAGUGGUUCUCAGAGUUGGUUCAUGGACCCCUGGGAGUUCUGGAGACAGUUUCAGGCAUCUGCAAGAUGGAGUUUUAACAUUGAAUGCGGAGAACACUAAUUAUGCCUGUCAAGUUCCGAGCUUCCAUAAAUGUGAAAUCUGUCUGCUAUCUUUUCCAAAAGAGUCCCAGUUUCAACGCCACAUGAGGGAUCACGAGCGAAAUGACAAGCCACAUCGAUGUGACCAGUGCCCCCAAACCUUUAAUGUUGAGUUCAACUUGACACUUCACAAAUGUACCCACAAUGGGGAGGAUCCUACCUGUCCCGUGUGUAACAAGAAAUUCUCCAGAGUGGCUAGUCUCAAAGCACAUGUUAUGCUGCAUGAAAAGGAAGAGAACCUCAUCUGCUCUGAGUGUGGGGAUGAGUUCACCCUGCAGAGCCAGCUGGCCAUCCACAUGGAGGAGCACCGCCAGGAGCUGGCUGCGAGCCGGACUCACGCCUGCAAGGCCUGCAGGAAGGAGUUCGAGACGUCAUCACAGCUGAGAGAGCACAUGAAGACACAUUAUAAAAUUAGGGUGUCAAGUACAAGGUCUUAUAAUCGGAACAUUGACAGGAGUGGAUUCACGUAUUCAUGCCCACACUGUGGAAAGACGUUCCAAAAGCCAAGUCAGUUAACUCGGCAUAUUAGGAUACACACAGGUGAAAGACCAUUUAAAUGUAGCGAAUGUGGAAAAGCUUUUAACCAGAAGGGGGCGCUGCAAACUCACAUGAUUAAGCAUACAGGUGAAAAACCCCACGCCUGUGCCUUUUGUCCUGCCGCUUUUUCUCAGAAAGGGAAUCUCCAGUCACACGUGCAGAGAGUUCACUCAGAGGUCAAGAACGGCCCUACCUAUAAUUGUACAGAAUGUAGUUGUGUAUUUAAAAGUUUAGGUAGCCUGAACACUCAUAUCAGCAAGAUGCAUAUGGGUGGGCCACAGAAUUCAACAAGUGCUGCAGAGACUGCUCACGUUUUAACGGCCACGCUGUUUCAGACCUUACCUCUUCAGCAGGCGGAAGCCCAGGUCACGUCUGCUCCGAGUCAGCAGAGUUCCCAGGCGGUGGCCGAUGUCAUCCAGCAGCUGCUGGAGCUGUCGGAGCCGGGGCCUGCAGGGUGCAGCCAGCCGCCUCAGGCCGGCCAGCAGCUGAGCAUCACGGUGGGGGUCAGCCAGGACAUCCUACAGCAAGCCUUAGAAAACAGUGGGCUGUCUUCAAUUCCAGUUGCAGCGCAUCCCAGCGACCCCAGCCACGCCAAGGCCGCGGCCGCUCAGGGCCAGACUCCAGACGCUCCCAGCGUUUCAAGGGAGCCAGCUGACCCUACGGCCGCAGAGCGGGAAGAAGAACAGGAGAGCCCAGAGAAAUUGGAUAAAAAAGAAAAAAAGAUUAUAAAGAAGAAAUCUCCAUUUCUACCUGGGUCGAUCCGCGAGGAGAACGGUGUGCGAUGGCACGUGUGUCCCUACUGCACCAAGGAGUUCCGCAAGCCCAGCGACCUGGUGCGCCACAUCCGCAUCCACACCCAUGAGAAGCCCUUCAAGUGCCCGCAGUGCUUCCGGGCUUUCGCCGUGAAGAGCACGCUGACAGCCCACGUCAAAACGCACUCGGGCGUCAAGGCGUUCAAGUGCCAGUGCUGCAUGAAGAGCUUCUCCACCUCGGGGAGCCUCAAGGUGCACGUUCGCCUGCACACAGGAGUCAGACCUUUUGCUUGUCCUCACUGUGACAAGAAAUUUCGAACCUCAGGCCACAGGAAGACUCACAUUGCUUCUCACUUUAAACACACGGAGUUAAGAAAGAUGAGGCACCAGCGUAAACCUGCAAAAGUUCGUGUUGGCAAGGCGAACGUUCCGGUCCCCGAUAUUCCUUUGCAGGAGCCGAUCCUCAUAACAGACGUAGGUCUUAUCCAGCCCAUUCCAAGAAACCAGCUUUUUCAAAGUUAUUUUAAUAAUAAUUUUGUAAAUGAAGCAGAUAGACCGUACAAGUGUUUUUACUGUCAUCGUGCCUAUAAAAAGUCUUGCCAUCUUAAACAACACAUCAGAUCACAUACAGGUGAAAAGCCUUUUAAAUGUUCUCAGUGUGGAAGAGGCUUUGUUUCUGCAGGAGUGCUCAAAGCACACGUCCGAACGCACACUGGACUUAAAUCUUUCAAGUGUCUGAUAUGUAAUGGAGCUUUCACUACUGGUGGUAGCUUACGGCGACAUAUGGGCAUCCAUAACGACCUUCGUCCCUAUAUGUGUCCCUAUUGCCAGAAAACAUUUAAGACCUCACUAAAUUGCAAAAAGCACAUGAAAACCCAUAGAUUUGAGCUUGCCCAGCAGCUCCGGCAGCAGCAGCAGGCCUGCCCGGUAGAUGACGGCGCCGUGGACCAGCAGGGCAUGCACGUGCCCACCCAGGUGCAGGUGGAGAUUGAGAACGCCGCACUGCAGCCCACCGCUGAGGCCGUGGCCCACAACCCCGGGGCCGUGCUGGACCUGGGGCCGCCCGCCGGCGUGGAGGCGGGGCUCGGCCAGCAGAUGGCGGGGCAGCCUUUGGAAGCAGAUGAAGACAGGCUUGUGGUCCCGCAGCACACUCUGGAAGGGCACGUGGGCCAGUACGAGGAGCAGGCUCCCCCGCCGCAGCCCUUCGAGCCAGCGGGUCUGUCACAGGGUUUUACAGUGACUGAUACGUACAAUCAACAGACUCAGUUUCCACCGGUCCAACAGUUACAAGAUUCCAGCACACUGGAGUCUCAAGCCCUGUCCACGAGCUUCCAUCAGCAGAACUUACUUCCGGUUCCUAGCUCUGACACGAUUAAUGUAACAAGUCGUUUGGUUCAGGAGUCACCCCAGCAGGAGCUGGGGCUGCAGGCGCCACGUCCCCCGUUCCUGGACGACAGCGAGGAGCAGAGCCGGCGCUCCUACAGAUGUGACUAUUGCAACAAAGGCUUUAAGAAAUCCAGCCACUUGAAGCAGCACGUGCGGUCACACACCGGGGAGAAGCCCUACAAGUGCAAGCUCUGUGGACGUGGCUUCGUUUCCUCUGGGGUCCUCAAGUCCCACGAGAAGACACACACAGGAGAAAAGGCGUUCAGCUGCAGCGUCUGCAACGCUUCCUUCACAACCAACGGCAGCCUCACCAGGCACACGGCCACGCACAUGAGCAUGAAGCCCUACAAGUGUCCGUUUUGCGAGCAGGGCUUCCGAACCACAGUCCAUUGUAAAAAGCACAUGAAGAGGCACCAGACAGUCCCCUCGGCUGGGUCAGCACCGGGAGAGGCAGAAGGAGGAGAGAUGGGUCUGGAGGAAGAGGAAGACAGUUCUGAAAGAAACGUGUGUAGAAAGGCUCGUCCCGAGGUCAUCACCUUCACAGAGGAGGAGACGGCGCAGCUGGCCAAGAUUGGGCCGCAGGAGAGCGCCACCGUCUCAGAGCAGGUGCUGGUGCAGUCGGCCGCCGAGAAGGACCGCGUCAGCGAGAUGAAGGACAGGCAGGCGGAGCUGGAGGCCGAGCCCAAGCACGCCAACUGCUGCUCCUACUGCCCCAAGAGCUUCAAGAAGCCCAGCGACCUGGUCAGGCAUGUUCGAAUCCACACUGGAGAAAAGCCAUAUAAAUGCGAUGAAUGUGGGAAGAGUUUCACUGUUAAAUCUACCCUGGACUGCCACGUGAAGACUCACACAGGUCAGAAGCUCUUCAGCUGCCACGUCUGCAGCAACGCCUUCUCCACCAAGGGGAGCCUGAAGGUCCACAUGCGUUUGCACACAGGAGCAAAGCCGUUCAAGUGUCCCCACUGUGAGCUGCGUUUCCGCACGUCCGGGCGGAGGAAGACUCACAUGCAGUUUCACUACAAACCGGACCCUAAGAAAGCCAGGAAGCCUGGGCCCCGGGGGCCGCCGGAAGGGCCGCAGCCCGUGAGCGCGCCCCCUCCGCCCUCCUCCGACCCCAGCGUGUUCAUCAUGAACAGCCCCGUGCUGGCGGGGCAGCUGGACCAGAGUCUGCUGCAGCAGGGCCUGCUGGGCCAGGCCGUCCUUCCCGCCUCCGUGUCCGCUGGUGGCGACUGGACAGUGUCUCUGACAGACGGAAGCCUGGCCACCCUCGAGGGCAUACAGUUACAGUUGGCUGCUAACCUGGUUGCACCCAGUGUUCAAAUCUCUGGGAUCGACGCUUCCAGCAUUAAUAAUAUCACGCUACAGAUUGACCCAAGCGUCCUGCAGCAGACGCUACAGCAGGGUAACCUGCUUGCUCCACAGCCGACCGUGGAGCCCGGCCUGGCCCCGCAGCACAGCUCCCUUCAGACACCAGACAGUACAGUCCCGGCCAGCGUGGUCCUCCAGCCCAUCUCAGGCCUGUCCUUGCAGCCCACGGUGACGUCUGCCAACCUGACCAUAGGCCCGCUCUCGGAGCAGGAUUCCGUGCUGACCACCAGCAGCAGUGGGACGCAAGACCUCUCUCAGGUGAUGACAUCACAAGGCCUGGUGUCCACCUCCAGUGGCCCCCAUGAGAUCACCCUGACCAUUAACAACUCGAGCCUGAGCCAGGUGCUGGCGCAGGCUGCCGGGCCCACCGCUGCGUCGUCCUCGGGGUCGCCGCAGGAAAUCACCCUGACCAUCUCCGGUCAAGAUCUUAUUCAGCACAGUUCUAAUGGAAGUAGUGAACUGAACGGAAGCAUAAGAUUGUCAGCACCUGCAAUCAAUAAUCAAUCUACGGGUGCCACCUUGACCAUAAGCAAUGAUCAGCUUCUCUCACAGAGUGCAACAUUAAACGCUUCAGAACUUAAUGCCACAGCUGGAAGCCUGCCUUUGACAACACCCAUGUCCCCAUCUGCCACAUCUGCCCAGAACCUGGUCAUGUCCUCAUCGGGAGUGGGGGCAGAGGCCAGCGUCACGCUGACCCUGGCUGACACUCAGGGUUUGCUCUCCGGGGGGCUGGACACGGUCACGCUCAACAUCGCUUCUCAGGGUCAGCAGUUCCCAGCCUUGCUCACGGACCCCGCUCUCUCGGGCCCUGGGGGUGCGGGCUCGCCCCAGGUCAUCCUGGUGAGCCCCACUCCACAGCCGUCGGCAGCCUGUGAAGAAAUCGCCUAUCAGGUGACGGACGUGUCUCCUAACCUGGCCCAGGGUGGGCAGCCCGAGAAGGAGGGCCGGCUGCACCAGUGCCUGGAGUGUGGCCGCACCUUCGCCUCGGCCGCCCUGCUGCUGCACCACAGCAAGGAGAUGCACGGCCGGGAGCGCAUCCACGUCUGCCCCGUGUGCAGGAAGGCCUUCAAGCGCGCCACGCACCUCAAGGAGCACAUGCAGACGCAUCAAGCCGGUCCUUCCUUGAGCUCUCAGAAGCCGAGGGUGUUCCAGUGUGACACUUGUGAGAAGGCCUUUGCCAAACCAAGCCAGCUGGAGCGACACAGCCGCAUCCACACAGGGGAGCGGCCAUUCCACUGCACCCUCUGCGAGAAGGCCUUCAACCAGAAGAGCGCGCUGCAGGUGCACAUGAAGAAGCACACGGGGGAGCGGCCCUACCGGUGCAACUACUGUGUCAUGGGCUUCACGCAGAAGAGCAACAUGAAGCUGCACAUGAAGCGGGCCCACAGCUACGCGGGAACCUUGCAGGAACCCGCCGUCCCCCAGGAGCACGGAGGGGAGGUGCUGAGCCGUGCGCUCCACCUGGAGGAGGUGGAGCCGGAACCCGCGAGCGAGUGGCAGACCCUGGCCAACGUGUUCUGACACAGCCCGGCCCCGAGAACGUUUCCAGAGUGAAGUGUGGAGAAGAACAAAGCCCUUGGGAUUUCUGUUUUGAAGCCUCAAGUGUUAAAAAUGUUACCACAACAGCUAGAAAAUUAUCUGAAGAAUCAUUGGCUUUCAGAGACUUGAGGAAGAAAGCUGGGAAAGGUGGAAGCACGUUGCUGUUGUUCUGCGAAUCACUGAACUCAGGUACUACGUCAGCAGUCUCGCCUACUCCGUGGCCAGUGCGUCUAGUUAAAAAGAAAUUAACUGGAUCGGACUCUCAUUGUAGUGUGAUUUCUUUGUAUUAGCAAAGACAGAAGUUAACGUGGAAAAACCCAGAUAGGUUUUCCUUCAUGCUUUCUGUUAUAAGAAGCAUAGCUCAUGAAACAAACAUAAGAUAGGUGCAUGAAGUUCGGAAAAAACGUUACAACACGCAGGGAGGUUUUUUCCAUCUUUUUCUCUGUGAAUUUUGAAAUUAGUAGAAAUUGACUCUAAUUUUUAGUCUACCAUAAGUUAAUAUAACUAAUACCUUGAGAGAUGGCCGGACCAGUUCUCUCUCCAUUACAAAUAUCUAAUCGUUAGUGACAAGAAUGCAGUGUCUGGGGUGUACACCCGGGGAGUAGAGCAAGCCUGACACACACGUGAGGAUCCAGCUGUCCGCGCGGGAUGAUGCCACUCGCGCUGCCCGAGUCGAUACUCGGGUACAUGGGUCGGGCUACCGCAGAAAGCACAAGCCAUGCACUGCAGGUCCGAAAUCACAGAAUGGUCUCCUGGGAACAAAGGGACUGCAGCCCUGUCCGCCUCAGUGAUUAAGAAGUGUAUUUGUACUUUGAGGGUAAGAACCUGUAUGAGCCCCGUGGUUUUCUCUUCGUGCAUAAGCAGGUGUAUUUUUUAUUUCAGGGAAUUCUUUAGUAUCAUCAAUGGUGCCACGUUGAACAUGUCCCAAACCAAAUCCUACCCCGCGCUGCCCACGCUGGGGCAGAGUGUGUGUCGUUCCCACAGCAUUCCAAAGAUGGAAACUUCUUUACUUCAUGUGAAUCUCUCCUUUGAAAUUAUUUAUAUGUUCUAUAUAUAAAUACAUAUGUACAUAUACAGAUAUAUGGGCCUCUGUGUGGCCGAACAGUAUAUUUUGUAAAUAAGCACUAGUCCCAGUUACAGAGAGAGCGACAGAGUUUUUACCUCCCAGCGAGCACUUCAGAUCAGUAUUGUAUUCAUUUUAUUAAUAAAUGGAUAUCCUUGUCAUUGUGACAUAAAGCUGGGGUUGGUUUUUUGUUUUUGUUUUUCCUGAAAAAUAAUCGCCUUUAUUUUCUCUCUCAUUGCCUCGCUGGUUUCAGAAGAGAGCAGUUUUAUGAUAUAAAUAUUGUAUGGACUUUGUAUAUUAAGAGAGGAGCUCAUUUCAGAUUCCUGAAGAAAGAGACAUUUUACUGUUAUUUUUUGAAGGGGCGUCUUUUGAUUUUUUGUUGUUCACGCUUCUGGCAUAUGUAUAUAAGUAACAUCGAUAGUGAUAUAAAACCUUUUGUUAUGUGAAAAUAUUUAAGUCAGAAAACUGUUAAAUAAUAUUACUUUUUUUUUUCAAA